AUGUAUCCUAAAUAAAUAGACUAUUUGUGCACUUGCCCUAUAAAAGUGCAGAAAAAUCUAUUUCUUCAGGUUUCUUCCCUUUCUCUCAAUAGCGUACAACUUCCGUCAACCACCAUGUCUGCCGAAUCUGCUUCUUCUACAAUUCCUAAAGGCCAAGUUGAUUUGAUGGACUUUAUAGACUGGUCUGGUGUCGAAUGCCUUAACCAAAGUGGAAGCAACACUAUCGUCAAUGCCCUCAAACAGGGUUACAGAGAAGAUGAGGGCUUGAACCUGGUGAGUGAUGCAGAUGAGCAGCUAUUGAUUUACAUACCUUUUAAUCAAGUCAUCAAACUGCAUUCAAUUGCUAUCAAAGGACCUGAGGAGGAAGGUCCUAAAACGGUGAAGCUGUUUUCCAACAAGGAGCACAUGGGAUUUAGUAAUGUUAAUGAUUACCCUCCGAGUGACACAGCUGUUUUAUCGGAAGAAAAUCUCAAGGGAAAACCAGUUAUCUUGAAGUAUGUCAAGUUUCAAAAUGUUCGCAGUGUGACCAUUUUUAUCGAGGACAAUCAACUGGAUGGGGAAACUACAAAAGUUCAAAAAAUUGUCUUGUAUGGAACAACGGUGGAAACAACAGAUAUGAAAGGCUUGAAGAAGAUUGAAGACCAUUGAUCCUGCAAAAUAUCAUUAUAAUCGUUUAAGUAUCAUUUUAAGAUCUUUUAUUCUUUUAAAAUUUGUACUUUUCAAACAGAGGUAAUUGGAAACUUAAUACACUGGAUAUACGAAAUGUCAGGCCGGGCUUUUCGUUGCUUUGUUCAA